AUGGCGGUGGUGGCCCUAACUUCUUUUAUUGUAAAGGCGUGGAUAGCUCUGAGCAUCGCAUCCCUUGUUUCCUUUGCGUCUGCUGCUGAUGACGAUGCCUCUACAACGCCCACAGAUCUCACAAACUACCUUGCCCAGUGGAAGAUGGCCCUUGUCAUCGAAACCCCUGAAAUCGCCGAUAACUCGCCUGGCGGCGUACCAUUUGAUGUUGUGCCGUUGACCAGCGAAGCUGGGCUUCAGCCAGAUGAUGUGAAAAAGCUACCGGAUGUCAAAGGUGACCUCGUCAUACUUGACUACUCUAAUUUCACCCAAGUCAACUACACGGACAAGGUCGUUUUCCUCUGUUGCGACGGAGCGUCUAAUAAUGAUUCCAAUCUGAUUUCUCCUGAUCGUGUGUUAAAUGCAGUUAUGAGCAAUUCUGCCGCGCCGGCCGCUAUUCUACUCUACAGUAAAACGAAACCGAUCUGUUUCCUCGGAGGGAGAAACCUGCCAUACAGUCGCAUUUGGACAAUGGCGAGUCAAGACGAUGCCGCCAAGGUCCACAGCUUUAUCGCAACAACUGAUUCGGAUACGUGCAUGGCCUCAAUCAUGCGUAGCUCAGUCGCUCCAGACAAUCAACAACAGGGCCGACCUGGUAGCACCUCGGCCAUCGCUAUGAGCAUUCUGUAUGCUAUUACGGGCCUGAUAACCCUCCUCUUUUUGUUUAUCAUUGCCACGGGAGCUGUACGUGCACAUCGCAACCCCGAACGCUAUGGACCACGACCAAGCGCAAAUGGUAGACCCCGUCGGAGUCGUGCCAGAGGCCUUGCUAUGGCCAUGCUAGAGACUCUGCCCAUUGUCAAAUUUGGCGAGAACGACCAAAGAAAGCCAGAUGAAGAAAAUGCGCUUGAGAAUGUCAACAGAGUUGAAUCACAGACGCCGGAUGCUUCGCGAGAUGCGACGAAUGAUACAUCAAACAACGCUACUGUACCCGAGUCAUCUUCGGAAGCAGCCGACCACGCAGCGUCACAGCGUGAGCAAGAGGGUGCGCCUGCCACAACAGGUUCAACGCAGAACAAAGCAGACAAGGAACCCGAGAACGAAGAGGAUCAUCUGCAAUGCUCGAUUUGCACCGAAGACUUUACCAAGGGCGAAGAUGUGCGGGUUUUGCCUUGCGACCACAAAUUCCACCCCGCUUGUGUAGACCCGUGGCUAGUGAAUGUCUCUGGCACAUGUCCCUUGUGUCGUCUGGACUUGCGACCCCCAGAAGAUGCUGAGGGCGAAGAGGAUGACACCCCUGCGACGCAAGAUGCCGCGCCUACAGCCGGUGGUCUUCUAGCCCCUCCACCCGACACUCGCGAAGGCAAUGCGCCAGAAUCAGCUGCCGCCGCCGAUGAAACUCACAGACGACGCCGGUCGCGACUCUUUGACUGGAACCGACUCCGCCACGCAUCGGUGGAUGAGCGCCUCCAAGCCUUGCGUCAAUAUAGACAGUCGCAGCAAGCUUCAGAUGGUGCUGCAGAUGACGAGCGUCGUCACUCUAGACUGACAGACCGGUUGAGAGAGAGACUCCAUAUCCGGAGCGAGUCUCGAAGCAAUGCUACAACCCCUGAACCCCCAGCGGCGCCUGCUUCGACCGUACAAACCUCGCUUCCACCUGCCUCGACUCAACAACAUUAA